UGUGUGAGGUCAACAUUUCUUUGAAGGCUGUGACAGGACAAUGGAAAGUGACAGCCCUAUGUGGAAGGAAACCACAACAUUAAGUUUUGUUUCACUUCCUACUUCUUUUAUUGUUGGAUCAACGCAUUUUGGAAAUAACAACAAAGAUGGGAGCAGAACAGAGCACCCUGGCGAACUAUGGCUACGUACUACAAAGUAAAACAGAAAAUGCUGUUGUUGCCACAAAGGGAGAUGACACAUUUAUCAUUAAAAGGAUCAUUUUAGAUCAGAUAUCUGCAAAUGGUGUUCCAGCAUUAACCACAGAGAUAGAAAUCCUCAAGGCAAUCAAUCAUACUCAUAUCGUGAACAGCAAGCACUCCUUUAAAGAUCAGGGCAUUCUCUAUGUAGUGAUGGAUCACUGUCAGGGAGGAAACCUUGCUGAAAAAAUCAAAAACAGGACUGAUUCUCCACAAGAGUCUGAGGUACUGAGCUGGAUUGUUGAGAUCUGUAUGGCUUUGAAAACCAUUCAUGAAAAAGGCUUGAUUCACAAACAUCUGACACCAGAGAGCAUAUUGCUCACAGAAUUUGGAUUGGUGUGCCUGGGCGAUUUUGGAAAAAUCCAUGAAAAUUCAAAAAGCACUCAGCCAGCCACCAAUUCAAAUUUAGUGGAAACAAUAACUCAUCUGCCACCAGAAGUCUUCACAGAUGGGACCUAUGAUGCUAAAAGUGAUAUUUGGUCAGUGGGAUGUUUACUGUAUGAGCUCUGCACUCGAAAAGCAGCGUUCUCAGCAGAGACCACAAUCACACUCAUGCCAAAGAUCAUUGGUGGUCCUUACCCAUCCCUCCCUGAGAUGUUCUCACCAGAGCUCCGUCAACUCUUGAGUGAUAUAUUCAGUAGAGACCCUCAAUCAAGACCAACAGCCAGGGAGAUCCUUGAGCGUCCAUUUAUCAUAAGCUGUCUCACAGCCAAGAGCAAAACAACUGUGGAGGAACUCCAGACCAAGCUGAAGAAGCUAAGGGCUGUCGCUGAUGAUUUGGAACGUGUACAUCAGGGCACCACCAUUGGUAGUCUGGCAGGAGGAGUGAUUGGAGCAGUGGGAGGGGUUACAUCCAUAGUGGGCCUAAUACUGGCCCCCUUCACUUUGGGAGCCUCUCUUAUUGUCACUGGGGUUGGAGUGGGGGUGGGUACACUUGGUGGGGUCACUGCUGGUGCUUCAAAUAUCACAAAUAUGGUCAACCAGUCCUCUGAUCGCAAAGUUAUUCAAAGCAUCAUUAAGGAGUUUGAACAGAAAAUUAAAGCUGUUGUCACCUGGUUACAGGAGAUUAGCAACAGUUUACAGAACAUCAGGAGCAGAUGUGAUUCAGAUGAAACAUCUGAUGCUGAUACACAGCUCAGCCUGACAAGACUUGGCUUGAGGGCAGGAAGGGGCUUAGGUGGCAUUGCUGAACUGGUUCGACUAGUUCAAGUGAUGAACAUUGGCAGGAUUGCAGCACAGGCUUCCAGAGCAGUACGUGUGGCAGAGGUUGCAACGGGUGUGCUUUCUGGAUUAUUUGUGGCAGUAGAUAUCUUUUUUAUUGCCAUGGAUGCCAAAGAGAUACACCACAUUAGACAGGCAAGGGCAGCAGAGGGCGCUACUCCUGAGUCAGUGUCUGGGACUGACACUGAUGACACUGUGUCUACCACUGACCAAGAAGCACCAUUGACUGGCUCAAUGAUGCAAGAGCUCGACUCUGACACAUUACAGGCACAGGACCAGUCUUUCCCAAAGUCUUCCACCCCAGUCCAAUCUGAGGUCAUGAGAUUUGUCCAGUCAGUCAGGCAGGCAGCAGAUGAGUUGCAGAAAGUCUUGGAUGAUCUCAAAAGUAUCAUCUCAUCUAUCCCAUCACUUGGGGUUGAGAGAGAGUCAGACUGGAAAGAUAUGGAAUUAAUGUAACCCAAAUUCAAUCAAUUCAGAAGCACAUCCAUUAUGUUACUCAUUUUAGUGUAGCUACGCCAAGAAGAAAAUACUGAUUGUGCUGCCCCCUAGUGUUUGCUCCACCGCAUACAAUGCAUCAGGUCAUAGUACACUGUUGUGCAACACAUUUGGGUGUAGUUAAGUAUACAUGAGGCCACACCUGACCACAACUAACUGUGAUGUUUGUGCAGCAGUGUGACGUUGCUUUUUAAAUAUGCAGGUUGCCAACAUUUUAAAGUUAGUCUCAUACUCUGAUGCUUGAUAAACUUAAUAAACAAAAGAGAACUUCUGGUUUCAAAGAUUAGUUUCAAGUAAAAAUGUUGUAUUAAUUAAAGCAAUUUUUCUGUGUAAUCAGUGUCAGAUGAAUAACACUGUAAUAUACAAAUAAGAUCUUUAUAUUCAAGUUAAUUCACCAGGCUGGGUCACCUUUAAAGUAGUUAUCUAUUCUUACAAUCUAAAGAAUUAUGGCCCAAUUAGUAACUUACUUCACUUACUGUUUAAUGUAUCGUACUGAUAUUGUAUUAUACUGAUUUUGGGCUUUGCACUUGGCUUGAUUGUCAAUAAUAAUUCUAUUCAUGAAUGCACUCCCUCUGGGUUUUUUUUUUUCUUUUGUGUCUUUUUUUAAUCAUUAUUUGGUACAUUAAUAUAAUACAUAGCGUGUAGGGAUUUGAAAAAUUCUGGUAGUUAUAGAUCAUUUUAUAUAAACAUGAGUAUCUGAUAUCUGAUAUCAGAUACUCAUGUAUCUGAUGAGUAUCUGAUAUCCAGACAUGCAGCUGGCUAUCUGCUAAAUUUAACUGAAAGCUUUGAUUACCAUACAAAUGUAUUUACAAUACAUAUUAAUAGUGUACACAUCUAUUCUGAUGAAAAAUAAAUGCAAGUUGUCUCACUGAA